AUGGCACAUCCCUCUCAACUAGGUUUUCAAGAUGCAGCUUCCCCUGUGAUAGAAGAACUUCUUCACUUCCACGACCACGCCUUAAUAAUUGUUUUCCUAAUUAGUACCCUCGUGCUUUACAUUAUUGUGGCCAUAGUAACAACCAAACUGACUAACAAAUUUAUCCUUGACUCUCAAGAAAUCGAAAUCAUUUGAACCCUCCUCCCAGCUAUUAUUCUAAUUCUUAUUGCCCUCCCCUCCUUACGCAUUCUCUACCUUAUAGAUGAGAUCAAUGACCCACAUCUUACAAUUAAAGCUAUAGGUCACCAAUGAUACUGAAGCUACGAGUAUACUGAUUAUGAGGACCUCGGCUUCGACUCGUAUAUAAUCCCCACACAAGACCUGGCCCCCGGCCAAUUUCGUCUUCUGGAAGCAGACCACCGAAUAGUGGUUCCAGUUGAAUCCCCCAUUCGAAUCCUAAUUUCUGCUGAAGACGUGCUUCACUCCUGAGCCGUCCCAAGUCUUGGAGUAAAAAUAGACGCCGUCCCAGGCCGCCUAAACCAAACAGCAUUCAUCGCAUCCCGCCCCGGGGUCUUUUAUGGCCAAUGCUCUGAAAUUUGUGGUGCUAACCACAGUUUUAUACCUAUUGUAGUAGAGGCCGUUCCAUUAGAACACUUUGAAAACUGAUCAUCCUUAAUACUUGAAGACGCUU